AUGGCGGUAAUCAGGAUGGGUCAUUUGUUGUGCAUGUUGUGUAUGCUUCUGUCUACUGCUAUAACAGAUGGAUCGCCAGUAUUUGACGCGUCUACUACGGGGGUAGUUUAUAUAUCAGAAAAUAUAGCAGCAUCGACAUCUAUUCAUCGGAUCAGUGCAACAGACACAGCUGGUAGCACCAUGACUAUGAGCAUAACCGGAAGAGAUCCGACAGAUGCUCCGUUCGAUCUUGCUUUAUCGUUCACGAGUAGUGGUACAAUAAGAUAUGACAUACGAACAAAUUCUGCUCCUGGUAUAAACUUCGAAGAACGCGCUACAUACGAGCUGAUUAUUACUGUCGUCGAUGCCAGCUCAAAUUCACAACAAACUACACUCACUAUAUCCGUUAACGACGAGCCAGAAGCUCCCUGGUUUGUAAACAUCCCUGCAGGGGGCCUACAACUGGGUAUCAACGAGAACACAGGAGGAGGAGUGUCUAUAUACCAGCUCAGUGCUAAUGACCAAGACUCGGGGUUCGCCCCUAGCUUCACAAUCUCUGGAGGAGGCGGAAAGUUUGUCAUUGGGAGCAGUACAGGUGUUAUAACGACAGUUGCAAAUCCAGGCUUCGACUAUGAGUCUGGUACGAACUCCUACUCGUUAACAGUACAAGUAUCGGACGGGACUGGUACCGCUAGUGACUCCGAUACUAUUCAAAUCAAUAUCAUAGAUGUCAACGACAAUGUCCCUACGUUCAGUUCAACUUACAGUACCACGUACUACGUUGACGAAGAAAGCAAUGUGGGCACAACUGUAGUGGAUAUAGACGCCACGGACACAGAUAGUGGAGAUACAGUCUUGUUUGAGUUUGUGAAUAGCGAAAACGAUUUUGUUAUUGACGCGGGAGCUGUAUUGGCAGAAGAUAGUAACGUCAACGAUUUAGUUGCAUCGCUGGUAUGCACAGACAAAGACGGCUCAAGUCCAAAUAAUGACAUCACUAUAUCGAUGACGUCAGGCAGCAACGUUUACUUCCAAUACACAAACGCGGGAGUUGUUACGGUGAAGUCGAAUUUAAACUAUGACGACAGUUCAUUGGCCAGUAACAAUCAUCGCUAUGAACUAGUUUUUGAAGCUGCUGACGGUGGAUCCAAUCCUUCAAGUCUAACGGGUAAGGUUACUUUAUUCUCUGUAAUUGUGCAAAUCACGGACAUCAACGAUAAUUCCCCACAGUUCUCACAGGCAUCUUACUCGGCGAGUGUGGAUGAGGAUGAGAACGUAGGUUAUGUGGUGGUUACAGUCGUUGCUACUGAUAACGAUUGGCCUUUCGACACGGUCACCUAUGAAAUCAUCAGCGGUGACGAUGCGUCCCAGCCGAAAUUCAGCAUCGAACCAAUAACUGGUUCUAUCAAACUCCGAAACACGCUGGACUAUGAAACCAGGUCGUCUUACACAUUAACCGUUAGAGCCACGGACGGAGAUUUGAACGAUCCGAACACGGUGACGGCGUCAGUGGUCAUAACGAUUGUCAACGUAAAUGACGUUGCGCCGUAUUUCAACCCUUACGUUAUAUCGGUGUCGUUGACGGAAACCGCUGCUAAUACUGGCGUGGAUGCUACCUCACUUAACUGUAUCGAUGAAGACUCACCCAAUUCCGAAAUUGUCUACGACAUAUUGUCGGGUAAUUCUGAAGGUAAAUUUACAUUACCAGUGACGACUGGUACCCUCAAUCCAUCUGUAAGGCUUACUACUAGUAUUGACUAUGAUGACGUGGCCGAAGCACAGAGCUAUACUCUUGUUAUCAGAGCUCGAGACAACAAUGGCGCCGGGUUGUCAGGCACUGCUGUCGUACAAGUGGAGAUCACCGGAAUUAAUGAGGAUACACCCACUUUCAUUAACCCCGACCCUAAUCCUGUCAGUAUUCCUGAACAACUGAGUGUCGGCACAUCGGUGGUGACGAUACAUGCUGACGACGGUGACAGGGGUACAGACGGUGAGGUAUCGUACUUAUUAAUCAGUGGCGACACUCAUGAAUCGUUUGAAAUUGACCCGUCUUCAGGAGUCAUCCGCAUUAAAAAAGAAAUCGACUACGACACAAUGGGAAGUAACAAGUAUUACAGCCUGGUCAUCCGUGCUGUAGACGGCGGUGAUCCGGCACAGUCUCAAACACAGUCAGUGUCCGUGACUAUCACGGAUGUUAAUGACAUCGUUCCAUCGUGUGCUGUGUACCUGUAUACUGUAACUGUGUAUGAGGACACUGUGUCAAACACAAAGUUUGUAACUCUGGACUGCGAGGAUGCAGAUUCUUCAAAUUUCGGUGAUUUAGUUUAUACCAUAUCGCCUUCGGUGACUGAAUUCACGAUGGAUCAAACAGACGGUGGUGUGACGCUCGCUAACGGACAAACUCUAGAUUAUGAGUCCGGGACGCAGGAAUAUAAAUUAAAUAUCAUUGUACGAGACAAUGAUCCUACAACAGCCAAUCGCCUGUCAACAACCGUCAUAGUCACAGUUAAGGUUGGACCCAUCAAUGAAUAUUCCCCGUCAUUCACAUCUAGUUCUGACGUCACGGUGUAUGUGGAUGAAGACGCAACGAAUGGUUACCAGGUGACAAUCAUGAGUGCAAGUGAUGAUGAUCUCAGUGAUCACAUACACGGUAUAAUACGUCAUCGAAUAGACUCUCCAGCCAAUGUACCAUUUGGUAUCGAUUCUUCUACAGGAACAAUCAAAGUAACGUCUGGACUAGAUUAUGAAACCACGACCCGUUAUGUUUUAUUCAUUGUGGCAGAAGACUAUGGUGGACUGGAAACUACCGGUACAGUAACGGUGUCGAUUAAUGAUGUCAACGAUAAUUACCCAGCAUGCUCUCCAACCUCGCAUAGCGGGUCAAUUGAUGAAACGUUCUCCACAAGUGGUGAAGUUGUGAAAAUCACGUGUACGGAUGACGAUAGUAGUGUCGACGGAACUGUACUUUUCGAUUUAACCCAAACGCCUUCGAGUAAAUUCGUUAUCAGUGGCACGGGUAGUCUCACGCUUGAUACGGCGGUAGAUUUUGAUUCAGGGGAGACAACGUAUAUUCUGACUGUUUUUGCAAGAGACAACUCUGCUGACGCAAACCUGCGAAAGACGACCACUAUUCCUAUAAGCAUCGAAGUAAACGCCGUCAAUGAAUACACUCCUGAUUUCGACCAAGAUCUAUACAGUGAAACUAUUAGCGAAGAGUUUAGUGUGGGGGAUGUGUUUGUAACUGUUGGUGCUGUUGAUAAUGAUAGAAAUGAUCAUAUCCACGGCAUUCUCACAUACACAGUUACCAACGGCGACCCGGAUGGACAGUUUCAGAUUGACCCGUCGUCUGGCGCCAUAUCAGUUAAAGCUCCAUUGGACAGAGAAACACACUCAUCGUAUGAUCUCUUAGUGAAAGUUCAAGACGGAGGAAGCCCGGCUUUAUCUGAUACGACCACAGUGCAAGUGACAAUCAGUGAUAUUAAUGACAAAUACCCUGAAUGUAGCCCGGCGUUCUUCAGUGAAACAAUCGCCGAAGACGAAGGCACUGAUUUUGUUGUAGCGACGAUAACGUGUACAGAUACAGACGAUGCCGACUACGGAGUUGCUGGUUUUGCGUACUCCAUCACGUCUGGUAACAGCGAUGGAUAUUUCAAACUUGUCGCUAAUGAACUACAGUUGGCCAAACAACUGGACUUCGAGAGUAAAAUCUAUCACAGCGUAGAGGUAACAGUGUCUGAUAACAAUGGUAAUUCACCUACAAAUACGAUAGUGAUACCCAUUGCUCUUACAACGUAUCCAGUGAAUGAGUUUACGCCCGUAUUUAGCCCGACGAUUUACACUGAUCCGUUUGAAAUCGACGAGGACAGGAGUGUGGGAGAUGUCCUCGUUGAUGUGGACGCCUCUGACGAUGAUCUUGAUUUGAACGCACAUGGACAGAUAUCAUAUACUAUCGAAUCAGGGAACUCUGCAGGAAAAUUUGAUAUAGAUUCUACGAAUGGAAAUAUAUUCUUAGUUAAAACCUUAGACCGAGAAACAGUUAAUAGCUACAGUCUCCUAAUACAGGCCGCUGACAGAAAUCUAAACGGGGGUAUCGACCUAACGGCUACGAUCAGCGUAUCGAUCACAAUAGUGGACGUGAAUGACAACGAUCCACUUUGUAAUCCAGAUUUAUAUACAUACGAGAUACCCGAGAACACGGCCUCUGGUACGAGUAUUGGUACGAUUACAUGUAGUGAUCUGGACGAUGGACAAAAUGGCGAUUUAACCUAUGCUAUCCUCAGCGGCAGUAAUUCUGAUUUCGUGAUCAGCAGCACAGGGGUCAUAAGAACCGACGACGACAUUGACUAUGAAUCACUUGAAGAUGAGCAACUGUACACGAUGGUGAUCGAAGUCGCCGAUCAGGGCUCGACUCCGCGCAGCACAAGCGUGUUUGUAAGUGUUAUCAUCACUCCAGUGAAUGACGCAACACCAGUAUUCUCUCAACCGUCCGGCUACAGCGUCACUAUACCUGAAAGCACGGUAGUUGGUACAUCUGUUUUACAAGUUGUAGCCACAGACCAAGACGACAGUAAGUAA